UCUGUCUCUGUUUGCCUGUCUUUAUUUGUCUGUCCUUGUCUCCAUUCGUAUCUCGUCUCUAUCGUUUUCCUUUUUUUCAGAUGCGAAGGAAAAGCAGACGUACGAGAUAAAGUCCGAGAGAAGAAGAGAAGGAGGAGGAGAAAGAGACGAUAGAAAAAUAAAUAUAUCGCAUAAGAAAGGAAGCGAGAGAAAGAAAAAAAGUGAAAAAAAAAUAGAAGGAAGCGAAAGGCGAAAAAAAAUAUAACGAAGGAACACGCGAGACGAGAGAGAGAGAGAGAGAGAGAGAGAGAAAGGGAAAGAAAUAUGGCAGCAGAGACGGAGAUGAGCGUGGAUUCCCUGGACACGAGUCUCGUCGAUCUCACCAUCGGCGAGGCGACCAUGGAGAGGCUGACCCGCUCCGUCAUGAAGGCUGCAGACCGACAGACUCCAACCAGACCGGAAACCUCAGGACAGCCGGAGAGCGAAACCUCGGAGGCGGGUGAUGGUGGGCGUGGCGACGAUCUGGGCGUGGGCGUGGGCGGGACUCCUCUCGACCUAUCCAUGAAGGUGUCGACGUCGAGCUGCGCAGCGAGGGAGGGCGGCCAGCGGGAGAAGGAGGUGUGGGCGAGUUCCAUGCGCGACCUGAGCCACACCGUCGAGAAGAUCCUGUCGUCUGGAGGAGGCCUGGGCAAGGAGCGACGCCCGUCCGACCUCUCGUACAUGGGCGUCUCCCCCGCCCUCGGAGAGAUGCUGCUGCAGCACGGAGAGUUCCCUGCCACACCCCUCUUCACGCCCACGCCGAGGUUCCGGAGCACGCCCCUGGACAACGGCGGUCCCUCCUUCAGAGCGUCGGACGCCACGCGGGGCCACAACGUCGCUCUCGCCGCUUCCAUUGCUUCGUCGCUGGGGCAGAGUAAGCACCACGUCGCUGACCUGACCUUCGGCCUGAGGAACCCGCUGGAGCAGAGGUCAGCGCAUCUCGUCCGCUCUUUCAUGAUGGCCACGCCCGAGAACCUCGUGCCGGGGGCCACGCCCAAGUUCAACCUGACGGGGCUGCAGCAGUUUAUCUAUAUCCUUUUUUGGGUGUGUACUACUGCACCAUACUCGAGACUAGGUCUUAUUGAUGGCUGUAAUGAUCUUUACCAAGUCUUCGACCACAUACACGAAUGCCCUCUUCAUGUUGUCAAUCAGCUCUAG